GUAUGGAUUCAAGUCGUGAUGAGAUGGCUGCUCAAGAAAGUACCGUCGAAUUAAAAAUGGAUAAUACUCGAGAUCUUCAUCAAGUUGUUAAGGCACUUUUGUUUAAAGAGAGUGGUAUAAUUGAUGUUAGCGAAAAUGGUCUAAGAAUUAUUGUUGAUGAUCAGAAUUGUUUUCAAGCUAUUGCUUAUAUAAAAAAUGAAAUUUUUUCUAGCUUCGUUUUACGUGCAGAAAAUGCAACAUUUCGUACAUCGAUGGCAAUUCUUGCGGAUUGCUUAAAUGUAUUUGGUGUACCUGGCAAUACCACUUUAAAGAUGAUUUACGCUGGACAAGCAGAACCGCUGAAGUUGAUGCUUGAAAAAGAUGGCAUCGUGGUGAAGUCGAUGAUAAAAACUCAGAAUCCUGGCACAAUUCUCGAUUUUGAUUUUGAUGCAUCGGAUGUUGCUACAAAAGUGAUCAUGAAGCCAUUAAAAUUGAAAGAAGUUUUCCAUGAAUUGGAUAUGAGUAGUGCAUCGAUUGGUAUUAAAAUCACUCAUCGUUUAUUGUGUUUUUCGACAGAAGGUGAUUUAGGAAAAAUUAAGACGGAAUUCCCUCAACAUUCCGAACAAAUUGAAAGAUUAGAAUGUGAAAAUAACGUGGAAUUCAAAUAUCGUUUGAAUUUGUUAAAACGUCUAACUCCUGCAUUAAAUAUCUGCCAAAAGGUAUCUAUAAGGAUCAACAGUCGAGGCAUUCUUUCGCUACAAUUUAUGAUUGAGCAUAGCGAAAAUAACCAUAUCUUUAUCGAGUUUUUUGUAAGUUUGCAUUUUAUUUUUUCAUAUUUAUGA